GGUCGGUAUAGUGUGCUAUCGACGGGUGAACUCCAUAUCCAUUCGGUGGAUGCGGUCAGUGAUAGUCAGCGGACAUACCGGUGCCAAACGAAACACAAAUUGAGUUCAGAAGUCAAGUUAAGCUCCAAUUCCGGGCGACUUAUAGUGACGGAGUCUCAUUCAAAUUUAUCGCCAAAAAUAACGACAACUUCGCGACAAAUCGUGUCAAUUGUGGGCCAAAACCUGGAGCUGUUGUGCAACUGCCAGGGCUUCCCACCCCCUCUCGUGUUGUGGUAUAAGUUUAAUGAGAAAAACCAAUUACUCGAACGGCUGUCCACUCUGUCCGAGCAAUUGGUGCCAAACCCGAGACGUGUUGUGCAGAUCUACUCGUCUCUCAUCAUGAAGUCCCUGUCCAUCGACGACACCGCCAAAUAUGUGUGCGUUUGUAAUAACAGUGUCGGUCAGGACAGCACUCACAUCCAUGUCCUCGUCAGAGCACCACUAAUCGUAAGCGUUAGCCCAUCGCAUAUGUUGGUAGGUGUGGGCGAUUCAGUGGACCUCAACUGUAGUGUAUUGGGAGCACCGGUAGUAUAUGUGAUGUGGAAAAGGAAUGGCAAACCUAUUCAAUGCAUAGCAAGCAAUGAAUGGGAAAGCAGUGCCUCGAGUGCGGAGGUGUCGCUCGUAUGGGACGGCCCGCACUUCACACAUACCUUCCCACCAAUGGAGCCGUUAGUGCCGGGAAUGACACUAUCGCUCAAAUGCUCGGCCACUGGACUACCUCUGCCUCAAAUCAUAUGGACAGUGGACGGGCAGUCCGUCUCAGACAACUGGCGCCUACGGAUCGGCGAUUACGUGAGCAGUGAUGGAGUCGUCAACAGUUAUGUCAACAUCACUAACAUCCGGGUCGAGGACGGAGGCCUAUACAAGUGUUUGGCGUUGAAUGGCAUGAAUACAGCCGUCCAUCACAAUCGGGUCGUAGUCUUGGGG